AUGGAAAAUCAAGAUUCUAAAAAGAUCUCCACGCUCGAGGAAGAACAUACUUCGGCACAGGAAGCUAUUAAAGCCGAAGAGGAAGCACGAAAAGAACGUACUAAAGACAAACAAGCAGAAAAACAUGCACAUCAAGAAGCCAAUUUGUUUAAACAAGAGAUGCAAAACCUUGAACGUGAUAAAACGAAUAAAUGA